ACAUGAUUCCUUGCUUGAUCCAAACCUUGGUCUCUUGUUCCUGUUAUUAGGACUCCAGUGCGAUAUCACUACUGUCCCUUUUAUCACCACUCUGAGUAGUUACUCUAGUCAAUCAUAGACAAGUCAAUCAAUAGUAACAAUCAAUCAUCACAAUGACAGACCACCAAGAAGAACAAGAAAUGGAAGCCGAAGCACUGGCGGCUAUUUUUGACGAUCAAUUCAGUAUUGUGCAAGGCGACAGCAGUAAGCCGUUGGUAUGGAACGUGACACUGUGGCCCGAAGCCACCACAACAGAUGGCGAGAAUCACGUUGGGAUUGAACUGCAAGUGACACUCCCGGAAACAUACCCGGAAGAUGCACUACCGUCUUGUGACAUUCAUAUUUUAAAAGGAUUGACACAAGAUCAUGCCACGCAAUUGCUCGACUUGUGUCAAGAAGAAGCUCAAGCCAAUGAAGGUGUGCCGUCGAUUUUUGCCAUUUGCGAACGACUCCGGGAAUGGUUGGUCGAUCACAAUCAAAAAGGACACGACGAUGUCAGUAUGCACGCACAAAUGUUACGACGAAACGCAGAACAAGAAAAGAAACAACAAGAGCAGUCGAAACAACAACAAUUCGAGUCCCAAAAAGCCCAUGCCGACAUGACCCAAACGGAACGGGACGAUCUCGAACUACGACGCAAACGAGCCGAAGGAACGCCUGUCACCAACGAAACGUUUGAGGCAUGGAAGAUUCAAUUCGAACAGGAAAUGGCCGCGCUCAAAGAACAACAAGACAAGGACGACGAAGCUGCGGCGGGCAAUAAGAAAAAGAGUACCCCCAAAGUAAAUGAGAAAAAGGGACGGCUGUCGGGAUUUCAACAAUUCAGUGGUGCCGCCAUUAAUUUGGAAGCACUCGAAGCGGCGGCGGAAAAUGCACAAACGGAUCCAGAAGAAGAAGAAGAAGAAGAAGAGGGUGCGCUUCAAGAAGAACUGUUCGAUGUCGAUGACGAAGAUUUGGAUGAUUUGGACUUUGAUGAUGAUGAUGACGAUGACGAUGAAGAAGAUGUGGAUAUCUAACUAAUGAAGAGCUAGCUACCUACCUAUAUAUACCGGUAUAGCAUCCGUAUUCCGCUUCGAAUCGAAUCGAAUCAACCCGAUCGCUUACUUCUCGGAUCAAUCAAUCUACUGGUUGGUUCCCCCUGCAGUUAUUUCCCUCAAUCUAUCGAUUGGAUUCAAUUGACCGCUUCCGCAUCGUAGACCCAACAUUGUAGUCUAGUAGACAGUGAACAACUCAUGGCUCUCUCUCGAGCAACUCAAUUGCCGUGUAGUGCCGUAGCGGCAACGCCCCUCAAACCAUCCGGAACAGAGAGGGGCCGUGCGUACCUAUAUAGCAUCGCGCUUCGAAUCGAAUCAACUCGAUCGCUUACUUCUCGGAUCAA